UGGCUAGACCAAUACCCAUAUGACGCUGUCAAAUAGAUGGAACCGUAUUAAAGCAACAUGAAGUAAGUGCAAACAAAUCGGUCAAUUUUAUAUAUACUCAUAACAAAAGCAUUGGACAUUGGAUUGAAUACCGAACUAAUCACUUUUUACCCUAGCAACAAAAUGGUGCAGUUUCAAAGAUUUUAAGAUGCCCGAGGCAACACAAAUGAAGAUUGAGGAGAAUACAGUUGCAUUCAAUCAAACUAAAAAGGAAGCCUUUACUCUGAGUCAACAUUUUACAGAAAUUGCUAAGUACCUCAAAUCCUCUUGGAAGGUUGUUGUAAAUAAAGAUGACAUUACAAACGAACGUCUUAGCAUUGUCAAGUUGUUCGUAAUAUCUGGACCUACAGAAAAGUUUAGUGCUGCAGAGUUUAAUUCUAUUAAAAAAUAUCUUGAGACUGGUGGAUCUUUGCUUGUUCUUAUGGGUGAGAACGGUGAGGCAAAAUAUACUACAAACAUAAACUUCUUAUUGGAGCAGUUUGGGGUCAUGGUUAACAGUGAUACCGUCCUGCGAACGUCAUAUUUUAAAUAUUAUCAUCCUAAAGAAGCAUUGAUCCCGAAUGGAGUACUGAAUAGAGGAAUAGCGGAAGUCUUGGAAAAAAUGUCCAUAUCAGCUACGCAAAUGGACUUAUCACAUAAACAGGCGUUACAAUUCUUAUAUCCUUAUGGAGCUUCUCUCAAUGUUGCCAAACCUGCAGUUGCUCUACUGUCAACUGGAAGUGUUGCGUUUCCACUUAAUAGACCCGUUUGUGCCGUUUACAAAUCCCUCUCACCUAACGGUGGGACUUUAGCUGUUGUUGGGAGCGCAGCCAUGUUCUCUGACCCAUAUAUAAACAAAGAAGACAAUUUUAAAAUAUUCGAGUUUUUAUUCAAAUACCUUACAGAAGAAUCCGUCACGCUAAACUCCAUAGAUUCCGAAGAACCAGAAAUUGAAACAUACUACCAAGUCCCUGAUAUUAUAAGCCUAUCGAGUAAUCUAAUGUCUUGUUUACAAGAAAGUGAUGAACUUCCACAGAAUGUCAAAAAUUACUUUGAUCAAGGUUUGUUUUGUAUGGACACAAGACUCGUUCCGAAAGCUAUUCAAAAAUUUAUGUUGACAUCAUUUUAUGUUUGUUCAAAGAUCUUGCAAAUAUUUAUAACAAGAUGAAUUCUUAGAUUACACCAGUCUCACACACUGGGUGUGUUUCAACAUUAUGUAACCAAAAGAUUGGAAAAAAUGUGAUUUUAUCAUGUUAAGCCGAUGAAAUGAAACAGAUUUCCACAUAACAUCAGUCGUUUGGGCUACAAGUAGUUACUUUACGUGGUUAUAUUUUGAAACAAAAGACUUAUUUACACACAGAUAUUAUUUCUUGAUCCAAAAGCUGUAUCUAUAAAAUUGAAUACGGGCUUAUGAAAAACUCCGUGUGAAGCACGAACCCUUAAGUUUAAUUUCACCUCAGUUUGAAACUCCUUUACCUCCAGUGCAACCUGCAGUAUUUCCUCCUAACUUUCGUGAACCUGGUCCACCACCAUUAGAAUUAUUUGACUUAGACGAACAAUUUUCUACACCCAAAGCACGUUUAGCCCAGGUAACAAAUAAAUGUAACGAGGACGACCUAGAAUAUUAUAUUCGUGAAUGCGGUGAUAUUUUAGGUGUAUCACAGAAAUUAUCAACAGACAAAAUGACAUCACGUAUUAUUUUAGAAGUUAUAUUUAAUGAACUAGUAGAGUUUAAAAAGUUUAAUCAGGGACUUGAUGAAGCUGGUGACUGAUUGAUGAUUGAGCACUGUCAAUCAUCAUUAUCAUCCGUAUCAAUGAAACAAGCGUCAGCAUUUUAUUAGUUUUCAUAAAAUUAGGAUGAAUUGGAUAAACAUGUGUUUAUAAAUAUACUACUAUCCAUGUACCUGUAUAAUCACAAUAAAACUUUUUUUAAUAAUUGAGUUAUCCCCAAGCCCCUGAAACAGAGAUAGGCAGUUCUCUCAGGGGAUACCUCCUCCUUUUGAAACAUUUAAUUCAGAGGUUCA